AACUUUUAAAAAUAAAAGAAAAACAAUUGAAAGAAAAAAAAAAAGUUUAAAAGAAUUCGUAUUACCUUUUAAGAUCUCUCUGCUUUCUUCAUCAAUCAAUCGAUCUUCACUACCCAACCUUAUAGUUCUUAGGUCAAAUUGAGCUCUCAAUCCUCUCCACUUUCGAUCCAAUUCAAAUGGCAAAUAGUGAAGAAUCUUGCUCUACUCAGCUGAUUGAUGGAGAUGGUACAUUUAAUGCCGCUGGACUAGAACACUUUACCAAAGAGGUGAGGUUGGGGGAAUGUGGACUAUCAUAUGCUGUAGUAUCCAUCAUGGGCCCACAAAGUAGCGGGAAAAGCACUCUUUUAAAUAAUUUAUUCGGCACCAACUUUAGAGAGAUGGAUGCAUUUAGAGGAAGAUCUCAAACCACUAAAGGAAUUUGGUUAGCUAGAUGUGCUGGCAUUGAACCAUGUACUCUUGUUAUGGAUUUAGAGGGUACUGAUGGAAGAGAACGUGGAGAGGAUGAUACAGCCUUUGAGAAGCAGAGUGCUCUGUUUGCCCUUGCUGUCUCAGAUAUAGUACUGAUUAACAUGUGGUGCCAUGAUAUUGGCCGUGAGCAAGCUGCAAAUAAACCUCUUUUGAAGACUGUAUUCCAGGUCAUGAUGCGAUUGUUUAGUCCACGCAAAACAACGUUGAUGUUCGUUAUACGUGAUAAAACAAGGACACCCCUGGAGAAUUUAGAACCUGUUCUAAGGGAAGAUAUUCAGAAGAUUUGGGAUGCUGUUCCCAAGCCACAAGAACACAAGGAAACACCAUUAAGUGAAUUUUUUAAUGUUGAAGUUGUUGCACUUUCGAGUUAUGAAGAAAAGGAAGAGCAAUUCAAAGAGCAGGUUGCUAGCUUGAGGCAACGCUUCUUCCAUUCUAUUGCACCUGGUGGGCUUGCUGGAGAUCGAAGGGGUGUGGUUCCUGCUUCCGGCUUUUCUUUUAGUGCUCAGCAAAUGUGGAAGGUUAUCAAGGAAAACAAGGAUUUGGACCUCCCAGCCCACAAGGUCAUGGUUGCUACUGUACGUUGUGAAGAAAUUGCUAACGAGAAGUAUGCUAAUUUCACUACAAACGAGGAGUGGCAUCAAAUAGAAGAGGCUGUACAAUCUGGUCCAGUCUCUGGCUUUGGCAAGAAACUUAGUUCGACUCUAAGUACUUCUUUUUCAGAGUAUGAUGCAGAAGCUAUUUACUUUGAUGAAGGAGUCAGAUCUGCAAAGCGAAAGCAGCUUGAAGAAAAAUUGCUGCAACUUGUCCAACCGGCGCACCAAUCCAUGUUGGGACAUAUUCGGUCAGGAACUCUUGACAAAUUUAAGGAAGCAUUUGAUAAGGCUCUGGCUGCAGGGGAAGGAUUUUCCUCGGCUGCUUAUUCUUGUACUCAGUAUUAUAUGACUGUCUUUGACGAAGGAUGUACAGAUGCUAUUAUUGAACAAGCAAGUUGGGACACUUCUAAAGUGAGGGAUAAGCUUCGACGUGAUAUAGAUGCGCAUGUUGCUUCUGUCCGUGCUGCUAAACUUUCUGAACUUACUUCAUCAUUUGAGGCAAAACUCAAUGAGGCAUUGUCAGGACCUGUUGAAGCUCUUUUAGAUGGUGCUACUAGUGAGACUUGGCCAGCAAUAAGGAAGCUUCUGCAACGCGAGUCGGAAUCAGCUGUUAGUGGUCUAUCUAGUGCACUUGCUGGCUUUGACAUGGAUAAACAAAGUAAGGAUAAGAUGCUUAGUAGCUUGGAGACUUAUGCAAGAGGUGUAGUUGAAGCAAAAGCAAAGGAAGAAGCUGGACGAGUCUUGAUCCGUAUGAAAGACAGGUUUUCAAUGUUGUUUAGCCACGAUUCUGAUUCAAUGCCACGAGUUUGGACUGGAAAGGAAGAUAUUCGAGCUAUUACCAAAACUGCCCGCUCUGCAUCCUUGAAGUUGUUAUCUGUAAUGGUUGCGAUCCGUUUGGAUGAUGAAGUUGAUAAUGUUGAAAGUACCCUAUCAUCUGUUUUCUUGGAUACCAAGAACAAUGCUGCUGUUACAGAGAGAAGCAUCACGAAAACUGAUCCACUGGCCUCAAGCACGUGGGAUGAGGUUCCCUCAUCAAAGACAUUGAUCACACCUGUCCAAUGUAAAUCUUUGUGGAGGCAAUUCAAGGCAGAGACGGAGUAUAGUGUCACUCAGGCCAUUUCUGCUCAGGAAGCCAACAAACGCAAUAACAACUGGUUACCACCACCAUGGGCAAUUGUUGCGUUGGUUGUGCUGGGAUUUAAUGAAUUUAUGACACUUCUGAGAAAUCCCUUGUAUCUGGGUUUCAUCUUUGUAGUUUUUCUACUUGUUAAAGCCUUAUGGGUGCAACUGGAUGUGUCUGGCGAAUUCCGCAAUGGCGCUCUUCCUGGGCUAAUUUCAUUGUCAACAAAGUUCCUUCCUACUAUUAUGAACCUUAUCAAAAAACUAGCUGAGGAAGGGCAGAAGCCUGCUACUAAUGAUCCCCAAAUAAACCCAGCACUAGCAGCAAAGAGUUUCCGUAAUGGAGUAGGCAGCAGCGAUGAUAUGUCAACUGCUUCGUCAGGGGUAACUUCCACAGAAAAUGGUACUGAAUUCUCGAGUGCCUCGAAAGAUGACUAGGGAAAGAAUUAUCCUAUCAGAAAACACUUCUAUUACUGUUUCAAGAUGUCAGUAUUCUGCUCAAAAUUGUCACGUCUGUAAGCAUGCAAGAGAAACAGAUUUUGAAGGCAUUAAUUUUAGAGCAUGUGCCGCAUACAGGGGGCUAUUUGAUUUUGAGAAAGCCCCAUUCGAUAGUGUUCUUAUGGUUUAGUAUAGGUGUUAAAUUUUUUUUUUUUUUUUUUUUAUAUUUUUCCUUUUCGUCUCAAAUCCUUUUUCUAUUUAUAUUUCGGUUCCUUAUUAUAUGGGGCAGGCUGGUGGCUCUUUGUCUAAACAUAAAUAGAGGUUGAUUUUGCUGGUUUGAAUUCAAUUUUGUCUUGUGACAAGUAAUUGCUGUGUUUGAUCAA